GUUCUUGAGAUUUAAGAACAUGGCAGACAUUGACAACAAAGAACAGGCUGAACUUGACCAGCAGGAUAUGGAAGAUGUUGAAGAAGUAGAAGAAGAAGAAACCGGUGAGGAUGCCAACAGCAAAGCUCGACAGCUGACUGUGCAGAUGAUGCAAAAUCCUCAGAUUCUUGCAGCCCUUCAGGAAAGACUUGAUGGUCUGGUAGGAACAUCUACAGGAUAUAUAGAAAGCUUGCCCAAAGUAGUUAAGAGACGGGUGAAUGCUCUCAAGAAUCUUCAAGUUAAGUGUGCACAGAUUGAAGCAAAGUUUUAUGAAGAAGUUCAUGAACUGGAAAGAAAAUACGCAGCUCUCUAUCAACCCUUAUUUGAUAAGCGAAGUGAAAUCAUCAAUGCAAUUUACGAACCUACAGAGGAAGAAUGUGAAUGGAAAGCAGAUGUUGAAGAAGAAAUUUCAGAUGAAAUGAAAGAAAAGGCAAAGCUUGAAGAAGAGAAAAAGGAUGAAGAAAAAGAAGACCCUAAAGGAAUUCCUGAAUUUUGGUUGACUGUAUUUAAGAAUGUUGACUUGCUCAGUGAUAUGGUUCAGGAACAUGAUGAGCCUAUCCUGAAACAUUUAAAAGAUAUCAAAGUGAAGUUCUCAGAAGCUGGUCAGCCUAUGAGUUUUACAUUAGAAUUUCACUUUGAACCAAACGACUACUUCACAAAUGAAGUGUUGACAAAAACGUAUAGAAUGCGAUCAGAGCCAGAUGAUUCUGAUCCCUUCUCCUUUGACGGACCAGAAAUUAUGGGUUGUACAGGAUGCCAAAUAGACUGGAAAAAAGGAAAGAAUGUUACUUUAAAAACCAUUAAAAAGAAGCAGAAACACAAGGGACGUGGAACAGUUAGAACAGUGACAAAAACUGUGUCAAAUGACUCUUUCUUCAAUUUCUUUAGCCCCCCUGAAGUUCCUGAAAGUGGAGACCUGGAUGAUGAUGCUGAGGCAAUCCUUGCUGCAGAUUUUGAAAUCGGUCACUUUUUACGUGAGCGCAUAGUCCCACGAUCAGUAUUGUACUUCACAGGAGAAGCUAUUGAAGAUGAUGAUGAUGAUUAUGAUGAAGAGGGUGAGGAGGCAGAUGAUGAGGAAGGGGAGGAGGAAGCAGAUGAAGAAAAUGACCCAGAUUAUGACCCGAAGAAAGAUCAAAACCCAGCAGAAUGCAAGCAGCAGUGAAGUAGUGUGUAUGUGGCCUUGAGGAUUACCUGCACUGUAAUAGCCUAAACACAACUAUUAGUUACUUACAGCCUUAUGUUUUGUAUCUUCUUGGUAGAAUUAAGUAAACAAUUUGUUAAAAAUUAAAUCAAAAACAUAAGAACCAGUUUAAAAUGUAGGUUCAUUCUACCUAGUAUUUUAAUAGUAUAAUUUUCUGCCAAUAUGUAGAAUGCAGUAAACCCCCUAAAGCAUGAAUGUUAAUUCAUUGCUACAUAGUUUGGUUCUUGUGAAGUCUUGUCAUGUAGCUAUUAGACAGCAGCUGUGAAGAUUAUUGGAACUGUUAACUGAGACCAAUAUUUGUUUAGGAAAAAAUCCUCUCCUGAAGAACCAACCAAAGUAUUUGCAGCCCAGUAGUUUGAACGGGUUUAAGUCUGCUUGCACUAGCUGUGCCUUCAUUACUUUGUUAUAGAAAUGGCGGUGACUUGUACUAACUAGGAGAUGAUGUAUUCUGAAUUUGACUACUUGAGAAGACUAGUAUAAUUCAUUUUAUUUCCCAACAAGACCACAUUAACUGUUCAUAACUGUCAGCUUGUUUAUGCUAUGGGUUUUUGUAUUUUAUGUGACAUAGUGAUCUACAAAAAAAAAAUAAAGAAAAAAACUAGUCAUCAUAUUAAGGUUAUUGUUUACCACUGGGGUGUGAAUAAAACCUAGUAUUUUCAGAAGCUA